AUGAUCCACUUAUACACGCAACGUCAUUCCCAGCUAGAUACGAUGGACUUCAGAAACUGUUCUAGAGAAGAGCUUGUGGCCAUGCUGUCUUCGCAGCGGGUCAAAGUGAAAACAGAACAGGCCGAAACGGACGCCACACCUGUCAAGCUGGAGAAGGAUUCUCCGAGAAAGGCUUCUCGUAGCGAAUCGUGCGGUAGCACAGUGAUUGUGCUCGACACCGACAGCGAUGAUGAUACAAGCGGCAAUCGCGAGGACGAUAACAAUGUCGCGACCGAUCGCAAAAGAAAACGCGAUCCCGACACUCCCCGAAAAAAGAGGCCACCGCCUCAAUUACGCGAGCACACCUCUAGUCAAAGUCCGGAAGACAUCUCGACCUCUCCACCCCCUACCUAUCCUCAACCUCUCAUGAAACCGCGCCAGAGAUUGGUCGAUCCGGACGGCGACUUUGCAUCGGACGGGCAUCCCGACGACGACCGAUCCGAGUCUGACGAGGGGACCUUCGUUCCAUCCGGGAGGCCGAAGUACCAGGCCGACAGCUCCGAGUCUGAUACCGCAGAUCUCGCCCCGGCCAGGAGAUCUCGAAAGGCUAAGGACAAAGCGGAGAGCUCUAUCCGAACGUUGAUCAAAGUCACAAGUGCUUCGACCUGGCGCAACGCCGAGGUCCCGGAAGGCACUGCGAACGGCAUACAGACUCCCGAUGAGGUUUGCGUUGACGAGCAAUCGGACUCCAGCCAGGAAGAACACACCACUGGAGAGAUCCACGAGAUGGCAGUGGCGAAGCUCCCGAGGUGGAUUGAGCGAUUGGCUCCUGGACAAGAUCCGGUGUCUGUAGUGAGACGCGCCUUUGAGAAGGUCGCCGAUGAAUCAUGGGAUCGCAUGGCGUCGCCAGAACAGCGGGUUUACAAUAUGGUACUCAACCCCAAACUCAAGGUGUUCACAGGGGCCCAUCAAUGUGGCUGGUGCAUCAAAAAAAGGCAGUACGCCGAUCAACAGAGAUCUGGAAUGGAAAGAGUUCCCUGUCUAUCUACAGGAGACGGAUCGCCGUGUAUCCCAUGUUCUCUGCGCAAGCAACGCUGUAGUUUCAAAACCGGCGGAAGGUCUACUAAUAAGGUAGCUUUGAAGCCCGCAGGAGGUUCCGGAGCUCAGGAUAUCCUUACUCCAAAGCCGCACGCGCACGGAGGUCUGGUUCUUCCUGCUUCCACCUCGACUUCAGCGUCUCGCAAUGAAUUCCCCGUCGCCGCACGCGUUACAGUCCCGCGGGCAUUGUCGCAUAUCCCGUCGGCCCAAGCUGGCCUGCAGAGCGGGUCGACAGAUGAGGUCAAUCGUUCAAGGAGGAAGUUCACCCGCAAAUUAAAGUCAUCGAUCGAAUUUCUCGGCGAGAACCUCCGUGAGAUCCAUCCGGACACUGGACCAGCCGCUGCCGACCUGCUUGACACCCUGCAAGAGGUGCGCGACGAGCUUGUUGAGCGUCUCGGGGAUACGGACGAUCUCCUCAAGCAUAUCGGAAACAUGAAAAUAUAG